AUGGGGUUGGGCAAACUGUCAAUCCGCGUCAAUGGCGCUGACUGUGGUGCUGAGGCUCUCGUGCUUGGUGUUAUCACCAGCAUCGGAGGUUUCCUCUUCGGGUACGAUACUGGUCAGAUUUCGUCCAUGCUCCUCUUCACCGACUUUAAAACACGUUUCGCUACUGGUGACAUCGGACCUGACGGCAUUCCGGAAUGGGUCCCAACUACCCAGUCGCUCAUGGUCUCGCUCAUGAGCAUUGGUACCCUCAUCGGCGCUCUCUCCGGUGCUUAUACAGCCGACUGGUGGGGUAGAAGAAGAAGCUUGAGCUUCGGUGUCGCUGUGUUCAUCAUUGGCAACGUCAUUCAGAUCACGGCCAUGAACUCAUGGGUUCACAUGAUGAUGGGCCGCUUUGUCGCCGGUCUCGGCGUCGGUAACCUGUCCAUCGGUGUCCCCAUGUUCCAGUCCGAGUGCUCCCCUCGCGAAAUCCGUGGGGCCGUCGUUGCUUCCUACCAGCUGCUCAUUACUUUCGGUAUUCUGAUCUCUAACUUGAUCAACUUCGGCGUCCGCAACUUCCAAGAAUCCGAUGCCUCGUGGCGUAUCGUCAUCGGCCUCGGUAUCGGCUUUUCACUUCCUUUGGGGUUGGGUAUCCUUUUUGUUCCUGAAUCGCCCCGUUGGCUCGCUGGCCGCCAGGAUUGGGAGGGCGCGCGCAUGGCCAUGGCCCGUCUACGUGGCUUGAAGGAUGACCCCCACUGCGAACUUGUUGAGAAGGAUCUCCAGGAGAUGUUCAAGGUUAUCGAAGAAGAGUCAAAGACCGGCUACGGUACUUGGCUCGAAUGCUUCACCGGGUCUUCUGGCAUCCCCAAGACUGUCUACAGGACUUUAUUGGGAUGCUGUCUCCAUUUUUUGCAACAAUGGAGUGGCGUGAAUUAUUUCUUCUACUAUGGAGCUACGAUUUUUGAGUCUGCUGGUAUCGAAGACCCCAUCAUGGUGCAAUUGAUUCUCGGAGCUGUCAACGUCGCGUGUACCUUCUUCGGUUUGUACGCCGUUGAGAAGUACGGCAGACGGUGGCCGCUGUUUAUCGGUGCAGUUUGGCAGACAGCUUGGCUUACUGUCUUUGCCUCGGUCGGUACAGCUCUGCCUCCCGAAACCAACAGCACGACUGGCAUUGUCAUGAUUGUGUCGGCUUGCAUGUUUAUUGCUUCCUUCGCUAGUACCUGGGGACCUAUGUGUUGGUGCGUCAUUGGAGAGACCUUCCCUCUUCGCACCAGAGCCAAGCAGGCGUCUCUCGCCACAGCCGGCAACUGGCUUGGAAACUUCCUUAUCUCCUUCCUUACACCCUAUGCAACCGCUGGCAUUGGGUACGCAUACGGAUUUGUCUUUGCAGGCUGCAACUUGGCUGGUGCGCUGCUUGUCUGGUUCUUCCUCUACGAGACUAAGACUCUGUCCCUCGAGAACGUCGACCGCAUGUACAGCGACCCCAGCGUCAAACCCUACUCUUCCAGCAAGUGGGUGCCGCCAGGUUACAUUACACGAAAGCAGAAGGACGAAACAGCCUUUCAUCGCGCUUCGGUGCACACCGACAACACUGCUGUUGGCGACCAGCACAAGGAGAAGACGAGUGAUGACGAAAGGCCGUUUUCGGAACACCACCAGACUAAGCAAGAGCCUUUGGCCAACAACGUCUAA